AUGAGCGCAGCGUCCGCUUUGGAGCCGCUCUCCAGAAUUCUGGCUGAAUUGCGGUCCCGGAAUGACGAUGCUCGUCUGAGAGCCGCAAAUGAAUUGAGAGACCACGUUAUAGCUGUUUCGCGCGAGAUUUCAGGGGAGGCAUUCACCAAAUUCGUGAAUGAUGUGAAUCGCCGAAUAUUUGAACUUAUUCACAGCAACGACAACAAUGACAAGAUUGGUGGAAUUUUAGCCAUUGACAAGCUGAUCGAUUUCGAUGGCGAAGAAAAUACCACCAAAAUUACACGAUUCGCAAAUUAUCUCCGAAUUGUUUUGCCGGGGAGUGAUCCACAAAUUACAAUCCUGGCAGCGAAGGCAUUGGGACGCUUGGCGCUUUCAGGUGGUACACUCACCGCGGAGUUUGUGGAGUUUGAAGUAAAGCGCGCUCUCGAAUGGUUGCAAGGAGAUCGACAUGAGGCCAGGCGCUAUGCCGCAGUGCUUGUACUACGUGAAUUGGCCGUAGUGAUACGAGAAGGGGCGGCGGAUGCACUUAACGCGACGUUGGCCCUCGUUCAAGUCCGAGAGAAUAGACAAAGGAAACAGUGGUAUCAGAAGAUCUUAGAAGAAACUCAAAGAGGCUUCAAAACCGGCAAUGCAGAUGCCAUCCACGGAUCGCUUUUAACGUUAAGAGAGCUGAUAAGUCAGAAAGGGAUGUAUCCCCAAGAAAAGUACAAAGGUCUAUGUGAAUCGGUGUUGAAGUACAAGGAUCAUCGAGAUGGCCUAGUUCGUCGUACCGUUAUCUUGAUGAUUCCAUCCCUAGCACAAUUCGACGCUGCGGAUUUUGUCGCUGCCUAUUUGAAUGGGUGUAUGGCAUAUUUACUCUCGCAGCUGAAGAAGGACCGUGACCGCUCAGCGGCCUUUAUCGCAAUCGGUAAAGUUGCCAUUGCUGUUGGAAGCAGCAUAGGACCAUAUCUGGAUGGAACGCUUCAGAAUAUCAAAGAUGGCUUGAACAUUAAAGGGAGGGGCAGAGUUACCCAUGAAGCACCUAUUUUCCAGUGCAUCAGCAUGCUUGCUCAAGCGGUCGGUCCAGCUCUUACCAAAUACAUGCACGAUCUACUUGAGCAGAUGUUUUCCGGUGGACUUUCUGAGCCAUUGCGCCAGGCUCUGGUUGACCUCUCGGUGUACAUCCCACCACUCUUAAGUAUCAUCCAAGAGAGAUUAUUGAACUUGCUUUCCAUGAUCCUUUGUGGUCAACCAUAUCGCCACCCGGGCUCACCAGCGCGUACCACGCAAACACCUCUCACGGGCACUAUGCGAGAUUUUCAGACCCAAACCGAAGUCCAUGAUGUCGAAACCAUAAUACUCGCCUUGACUACACUAGGAGGCUUUGACUUUGCAGGGUACAUGCUGCACGAACUCAUUCGCGAAUGUGCUGUUUCAUAUUUGGACGACGAUAACACGGAAGUUAGAAAAGCGGCUGCUCUGACCUGUUGCCACCUGCUUGCGCGAGAUCCUGUGUGCUACCAGACCAGCAAUCAUGCCAUGCAAAUCAUGGGCGAAGUAUUAGAGAAGCUUCUAACUGUUGGAAUAACUGACCCAGAUCCGGUUAUACGGCAAGCGGUUCUAUCCUCUCUAGACGAACGCUUUGAUUAUCACUUGGCCCAAGCCGAACAUAUACGCACGCUCUUCAUUGCACUGAAUGAUGAAGUUUUUACGAUACGUGAGCUGGCGAUAACGAUCAUCGGUCGCUUGACAGUUCAGAAUCCGGCCUAUGUUCUCCCGUCACUGCGCAAAACCUUAAUUCAGCUUCUAACUGAACUAGAGUAUUCGGGGGCAAGUCGUCAACGAGAGGAAAGCGCUCGGCUUCUGAGUCAUCUCGUCUCCGCCGCUCAAAGGCUUAUUAAACCCUAUGUUGAACCUAUUCUGAAAGUGCUUCUUCCCAAAGCGAGAGAUCCAAGUUCUGGGGUUGCGUCGAGGGUGUUGACUGCCAUUGGGGAACUCGCACCAGUUGGUGGUGAAGGGCUGCUUCCUUUUUUGGAUGAUUUGAUGCCGAUUAUUAUGGAGACCCUGCAAGACCAGAGUAGUUCCACGAAGCGGGAAUCAGCAUUGCGUACGCUUGGCCAACUGUCGAGUAAUACCGGCUGGGUCGUGGAACCUUACCUCAAAUACCCGAAUCUCCUUGGAGUGUUAAUUGAUAUUUUGAAGACCGAACAGUCACCUGGGAUUCGCCGAGAAACCGUGAAAGUUAUGGGCAUCAUUGGUGCCUUAGAUCCUUACAAGCAUAAGAUUGCAUCGCGAGACCCUGAAACCGUCAUUAGUGGAGCUAUUGCAGAAAUUCAAGCAAUGCCCUUAACCAUGAGUCCAUCAGCGGAAGAUUAUUAUCCUACGGUUGCCAUAAAUGCGUUGAUGAAGAUAUUACGUGACCCAUCCUUGAGCAUUCACCAUACAGCCGUCAUCCAAGCUGUGAUGUACAUCUUUAAAACCCUAGGACUUAAGUGUGUCCCGUUCCUGCCGCAGAUUAUGCCACCAUUUCUUACCAUGAUGAGGACGUGUCCAAUUGGGAUGCUGGAGUUUCACUUCCAGCAAUUGGGACUUCUGGUCUCUAUAGUAAAGCAACACAUCCGCAGCUACCUAACGGAUCUACUUUCGCUGAUACAAGAGUACUGGAGCCCGACAUCGAACAUUCAAAUUACUAUUUUGUCUCUGGUGGAAGCGAUUGCUAUAGCGCUGGACGGAGAAUUCAAGGUCUAUCUACCCACCCUCCUUCCUCAAAUGCUCCAAAUCUUCGAUGCCGAUACAAGCGAAAGACGUCAGCCAACUCAGAAGGUUCUGCAUGCAAUGAUAACAUUCGGUUCCAACUUAGAGGAAUAUUUGCAUUUGGUGGUACCCGUGGUAGUAAAGCUUUUCGAGAAACCGGACGUUCCAGUGCAUCUGCGCAAGCAUGCCAUUCAAACAAUUGGCAUGCUUUGCAAGAAAAUUAAUUUUGCCGACCAAGCCUCGCGGAUUAUCCAUCCGCUCGUUCGUGUGCUGGCAAUACCGCAGCCGGAACUGCGUGCAGCGGCGAUGGACACGCUUUGCGCCCUUGUGUACCAGCUGGUGUCCGAUUUUGCCAUUUUUAUCCCCAUGAUCAACAAGAUGUUGGUUAGGCAUCACAUACAGCAUCCGAAAUAUGACCUGCUAGUUUCGAAGUUACUAAAGAAUGAACCAUUGCCCCAAGAAUUGGGUAGUGAUGGUGAAGAAAGAUAUAGCGAAACCCUCGCCGAUGACUCACCCGCAGAAGCGGCAACGAAGAAGCUGCCAGUCAAUCAGCAGCAACUCAAGAAAGCGUGGGAAACGUCGCAACGCUCAACAAAAGAUGAUUGGGCGGAGUGGAUCCGUCGCUUCAGCGUGGAGUUACUAAAAGAGUCCCCUUCGCACGCCUUACGAGCAUGUGCAAGCUUAGCCGGCGUGUACUACCCCUUAGCUCGCGAACUGUUCAAUGCAAGCUUCGUAUCAUGUUGGAGCGAACUGUACGAUCAGUUUCAAGAUGAGCUUGUACGUUCUCUCGAAACUGCUCUUACAUCCCCAAAUAUACCGCCGGAAAUACUACAAACUCUCUUGAAUCUUGCUGAGUUCAUGGAGCACGACGACAAGGCUUUGCCAAUCGACAUCCGCACUCUAGGGCUGUAUGCUGCCAAGUGUCACGCAUAUGCAAAGGCUCUACACUACAAGGAAUUGGAAUUCAUUUCGGAACCCCUCACUAAUACCAUCGAAGCGCUUAUCAGCAUCAACAAUCAGCUACAACAGCCAGAUUCUGCUAUUGGAAUUCUUACGUAUGCCCAACAAAACCAUGAUGUUGAACUAAAGGAAUCUUGGUACGAAAAACUACACCGAUGGGAGGAUGGCUUGGCCGCUUACGAGAGAAAGCAAGCCGAGGAUCCGCUGUCAGUAGAGGCCACAUUGGGAAGGAUGCGGUGUUUGCAUAAUCUUGGGGAAUGGGAAGCUUUAUCGCAGCUUGCCCAGGAACGCUGGGCUUACGCAAACAGCGAUGUUAAAAAGGCCAUAGCACCUCUCGCCGCUGCUGCGGCCUGGGGCCUCGGUCAGUGGGAUCUCAUGGAUGAAUAUAUUGCGGUAAUGAAGCAAGAAUCUCCGGACAGUGCCUUUUUCCGUGCCAUUCUCGCGUUGCAUCGAAAUCUGUACCCUCAGGCAGCCCGCUUUAUUGAUAAAACUCGCGAUUUGUUGAACACGGAGCUCAUGGCUUUAGUGGGGGAAAGCUACAGUCGUGCCUAUAACGUGGUGGUGCGCAUUCAAAUGUUGGCCGAGCUGGAGGAAAUAAUUACCUACAAACAAUUGUACGAACAGCCGGACCGCCAGGCCGCUAUUCGAAGGACGUGGAUGUCGCGGCUGCGAGGAUGCCAGAGAAACGUGGAAGUGUGGCAGAGAAUUCUUAAAGUUAGAGCUCUGGUGAUAGCCCCGCAAGAUGACAUGGAGAUGUGGAUAAAAUUCGCAAAUCUGUGCCGGAAAAGUGGGAGGUUAGGCUUAUCGCAUAAAACACUCUCUGGGCUGCUUAAUGUGGAAGCGAAAGAUUUUAGUACCUUGGCCAUUCGAGAUGACGCUCCACAGGUGGUUUACGCUUGCUUGAAGCAUUUAUGGGCGUCAAGCAUGAAGGAACAGGCGUUUGGUCAGAUGAAGGAGUUCACAAAGAGUAUAGUUGAGAGAUUAGGUUUGACGACGCUGAACGAUAUCCACGCACAUGUUGAUGGCCAGAGUGGAGAUGCUAGUAAACUCGGACCCGUACGACUGUUGGCGCGUUGCUAUUUGAAAUUAGGCGAGUGGCAGAGUGCGCUUCAAGAAGAGCUCAACGACGCUGUCAUACCAGAGAUCCUUCGCUCGUAUUUGGCUGCAACACACUGCGAUAAGGAUUGGUAUAAAGCAUGGCAUGCAUGGGCCUUAGCGAAUUUCGAAGUGAUAUCUCAUUAUGAAAAAGUUCAUGAGAGUAUCCCGCCCCAAAUAUUAGUUGCGCACGUAGUUCCCUCAGUGCAAGGCUUCUUCCGGUCUAUUGCUCUGUCGAAAGGGAACUCACUGCAGGACACCUUAAGGUUACUGACCCUUUGGUUCAAGUACGGAUUCCAGCAGGAUGUAAAUAUAGCUAUUGGCGAAGGCUUUAAUAGUGUUAGCAUCGACACGUGGCUUCAAGUAAUACCCCAGUUGAUAGCAAGAAUUCACACUCCUAGUCCACAUGUGCGCCGCCUAAUCCACCAGCUCCUGUCCGACGUCGGUAAAGAACAUCCUCAGGCACUCGUGUACUCAUUGACAGUUGCCUCGAAGUCUCAAAGUACCUCAAGGAAGAAAUCUGCCUUGGCGAUCAUCGAGAAGAUGCGAAUGCAUAGUGCAGUUUUGGUUGAGCAGGCGUUGCUCGUCAGUCAGGAGUUGAUUCGUGUAGCGAUUCUUUGGCACGAGAUGUGGCAUGAAGGUUUGGAGGAGGCUUCAAGGCUCUACUUUGGGGAUCAUAAUGUGGAAGGCAUGUUUACGACUUUGGAGCCUUUGCAUCACAUGCUGGAGCGAGGCCCUGAGACCUUGCGCGAGAUUUCUUUCAACCAAGCAUUCGGGCGCGACCUUCAGGAAGCUUUGGAUUGGUGUAAGCGCUUCAAAAGAACUCAGAACGUCAAUGAUAUUAAUCAAGCGUGGGACCUCUACUAUCUGGUGUUCCGGCGAAUAAAUAAGCAGCUGCCGCAGCUGACAACACUGGAGUUACAAUAUGUGUCUCCAAAGCUAUUGGCUGCGCGAGAUCUUGAGCUUGCCGUACCGGGGACAUACCGAAGUUCCGAACCUGUGGUUAAGAUCGCGUCUUUCGUACCUACAUUAACCGUAAUGACGUCGAAGCAAAGGCCGCGCCGCUUAACAAUAAAAGGGAACGAUGGAAAAGAAUACCAAUACCUCCUUAAAGGUCAUGAGGAUCUUCGGCAAGACGAGCGAGUCAUGCAAUUGUUCGGCCUUGUCAACACAUUACUUGCAACGGAUGCGGAAACGUUCAAAAGGCAUCUCAGCAUCCAGCGUUAUCCAGUGAUUCCACUUUCGCCAAACUCUGGUCUGAUCGGAUGGGUGCCCCACUGUGAUACAUUACACACAUUGAUCAGGGAUUACAGAGAAAGCCGCAAGAUCCUAUUGAACAUUGAACACAGAUUAAUGUUGCAGAUGGCUCCGGAUUACGACAACCUGACGUUGCUGCAGAAAGUCGAGGUCUUCGAAUAUGCUUUGGAGAACACCACUGGACAAGAUUUAUAUAAAGUACUUUGGUUGAAAAGCAAGAAUUCAGAGGUAUGGCUGGAUCGACGAACAAACUAUACGCGAUCGCUCGCAGUGAUGUCUAUGGUCGGCUAUAUAUUGGGACUCGGGGACCGACAUCCAUCAAAUCUCAUGCUGGACCGUUUUACUGGGAAAGUCAUCCACAUAGACUUUGGCGACUGUUUUGAGGUUGCGAUGCAUCGAGAAAAGUUCCCUGAGAAAAUACCAUUCCGACUAACAAGGAUGUUGAUUAACGCCAUGGAAGUCAGUGGAAUCGAAGGGAAUUUCCGCAUCACUUGUGAGAUCGUAAUGAGCGUCCUGCGCGACAACAAGGACAGUCUGAUGGCUGUGCUUGAAGCUUUUGUGUAUGACCCCCUUAUCAAUUGGAGGUUACUGUCGACGGCUAGUCCGAAGCCAGAUGCCAAACCCAUGCGCCAGACAAAAAUGGAGAAUGAUAUUUUGGAUGAACCUGUGCAAACACGAAACUUUCCCGCCAGUCGGAAGCUGCAGCGAAAUGAGAACGAUCUUAUCGCCAAUGAGGAGGAUCAGAUUGGAAAACCUGAGGCGCUAAACACCCGGGCAUUAACAGUCAUCAAUCGCGUUUCGAAUAAGCUGACGGGUCGUGAUUUCAAGCCAAAUCAAACGUUGGAUGUACGAAAUCAAGUGCACCGACUAAUUUUACAGGCCACAUCACUAGAAAACUUAUGUCAGUGUUAUAUUGGUUGGUGUGCGUUCUGGUAA